AUGCAGAUUUCUGCCUCCCACUGCAUUUCAUGGCUCGCUGUCUUCGGCAUUGAAUGUCUGGCCGCAGUCAUCCUUAAUAUCAUCACCAUUAUUGUAUUUGUGAAGCAGCGCCAGCUACAGAGCAGAAGCACGUACUUGAUCAUUCAUCUUGGGGUAGUGGAUCUCUUGGUGGGGGCGAUUGUAGGGCCUAUGAUCAUCGAAAUGUAUGGGAGCGAGUUCUGUCGUCUGUGGGAGUCAAGGUCUUAUUCCGAUUGGUUACCUUCCCUUCAAAUAUAUGUGGGUCAUGGAGUUUAUCAGAUCUCUCUUAAUAACCUCGCGGUCAUUGCAUUAGAACGAGUACACGCAACAUUUCGUCCUUUCAAGCAUCGUUUCAUAAGGAAAUGGGUUUAUGGAGUGAUGAUAUCUGUCAAUUGGGUAAUCCCCUCAGCCAUGUAUAGUAUCGCGUUUUAUUUUGGGGUCCAUACAUUCCUAAUCCGUUUCAUAUAUUUGUGUUCUCUUCUUUCUGUUAUACUUGUAUGUUAUGUCUCAAUUUACAUCAAAAUCCGGUGCAGUCGUCAUCUUCAACACCACGGUGCGGCCAGCCAAAGGGAAAGAAAACUGACCACAACACUGUUCAUUGCUACCCUUGCAUCAUUGUUAACUUUCAUGCCGAGGUUAGUGUAUUGGGGAGAUAUCAAUUUUUCGGACCUUAUUAUAAGCCUUUCACGCCAGUCAUUUUUUGAUGUUGUUAUGGCAACAAUGACAAUUUUGAUUCUCAACUCUAUAACAAAUCCUAUAAUUUACAUCAUACGAAUGUCACAAUUAAGAGGAGGUACAUCAAAGCUUAUAUUCCGUAGGGCUCCAAAUCACGUAAACCCA